UGCGGCCCGCGGCUGCCCGCCUCGCUGGGACCCCGGUGCCCCGCUGCCCGCUGCCCGCCUCGCUGGGACCCCGGUGCCCACCGCCCGCCGCCCGCCGCCCGCUGCCGCCCUCCGCCCCCGCCCCGCGGCCAGGAUGGGCCGGAAGGUGACCGUGGCCACUUGCGCGCUCAACCAGUGGGCACUGGACUUCGAGGGCAAUUUGCAGAGGAUUUUAAAGAGUAUUGAAAUCGCCAAACAGAGAGGGGCAAGGUACAGGCUUGGACCAGAGCUGGAAAUAUGCGGCUACGGGUGCUGGGACCAUUACUACGAGUCGGACACCCUCCUGCACUCCUUUCAGGUCCUCGCGGCCCUUCUGGAGGCCCCGGUCACGCAGGACAUCAUCUGUGACGUGGGGAUGCCCGUCAUGCACCGGAACGUCCGCUACAACUGCAGGGUGAUAUUUCUCAACAGGAAGAUCCUGCUCAUCAGACCCAAGAUGGCCCUGGCCAACGAGGGCAACUACCGGGAGCUGCGCUGGUUCACCCCCUGGUCCCGGAGCAGGCAGACAGAGGAGUACUUCCUCCCGCGCAUGAUCCAGGCCGUGACCCAGCAGGAGACGGUGCCCUUCGGAGACGCCGUGCUGGCCACCCGCGACUCCUGCAUCGGGAGCGAGGUCUGCGAGGAGCUGUGGACGCCGCACAGCCCGCAUGUGGACAUGGGUCUGGACGGCGUGGAGAUCUUCACCAACGCCUCGGGCAGCCACCACGUGCUGCGCAAGGCCCACGCCAGGGUGGAGCUGGUGACGGCCGCCACCGCCAAGAACGGGGGCAUCUACCUGCUGGCCAACCAGAAGGGCUGUGACGGGGACCGGCUCUACUACGACGGCUGCGCGCUGGUCGCCAUCAACGGCCGCGUGUGUGCGCAGGGCGCCCAGUUCUCCCUGGACGACGUGGAGGUGCUCACGGCCACGCUGGACCUGGAGGACGUCAGGAGCUACCGGGCCGAGAUCUCGUCCCGGGGCCUGGCGGCCAGCAGGGCAAGCCCGUACCCGCGGGUGAAGGUGGACUUCGCCCUCUCGAGCCACGACGACCUGCUGGUGCCGCUGUCGGAGCCCCUGGAGUGGCAGUACCACGGCGUGGGCGAGGAGAUCAGCCUGGGCCCCGCGUGCUGGCUCUGGGACUUCCUGCGGCGCAGCCGGCAGGCGGGGUUCUUCCUGCCCCUGAGCGGGGGGCUGGACAGCGCGGCCACUGCCUGCCUCGUCUACUCCAUGUGCCACCAGGUCUGCGAGGCCGUGCGCAGCGGAAACCAGGACGUGCUGUCCGACGUCCGCGCCCUCGUGAGCCAGACGGACUACACCCCGCGGGACCCCCGGGAGCUGUGCGGCCGCCUGCUGACCACCUGCUACAUGGCCAGCGAGAACUCGUCCGAGGAGACGCGUGCGCGGGCGGCCGAGCUGGCCCAGCAGAUCGGGAGCCACCACGUGGGCCUCAGCAUCGAGCCAGCCGUGAAGGCCAUCGUGGGCAUCUUCAGCCUGGUGACGGGGACACACCCCAAGUUCUCGGUUCUGGGGGGCAGCAGCAGGGAAAACCUGGCUCUGCAGAACGUACAGGCCCGGGUCCGGAUGGUCGUCGCCUACCUCUUUGCUCAGCUGAGCCUCUGGGCGCGGGGUCUGCCGGGCGGCCUGCUCGUGCUGGGCUCCGCCAACGUGGACGAGAGUCUCCUGGGCUACCUGACCAAGUACGACUGCUCCAGCGCCGACAUCAACCCCAUCGGCGGCAUCAGCAAGACGGACCUGCGGACCUUCAUGCGCUUCUGCGCCGAGCGGUUCCCGCUGCCCGCCCUGCACAGGAUCCUGGCCGCUCCGGCCACGGCAGAGCUGGAGCCCUUGGCCAACGGGCAGGUGUCCCAGACGGAUGAGGAGGACAUGGGCAUGACGUACGAGGAGCUGUCGGUGUUCGGGAGGCUCAGGAAGGUGGCCAAGGCGGGUCCCUACAGCAUGUUCUGCAAACUCCUCACCCUGUGGAGGGACACGUGCUCCCCGCGCCAGGUGGCCGACAAAGUGAUGCGGUUUUUCGGCAAGUACUCGGCCAACAGGCACAAGAUGACCACGCUGACCCCCGCCUACCACGCCGAGAGCUACAGCCCCGAUGACCACCGCUUCGACCUGCGCCCCUUCCUCUACCGCCCGGGCUGGCCCUGGCAGGCCCGCUGCAUCGAGCAGCAGGUCCUCCGGCUGGAGCGAGGCGAGCAGCAGGAGGUGGAUGGCGUGCACUGAGGGGGCCCGUGAGGGGACGCCCCCCCCGGAGCGGAGACUCCGCCUGCCCAGCCCCCCCGGGGAGAAGCCCCCGUCAGCCCUGCCCGCGUGCCGGGAGCCGCAGUAAAGGCGCGAUUCCUCUCGGGGACAUUUCUCACGCUGUCCAGGGGGCCCCGGCCAGGCCCCCUGCCCACCUCUCAGAGGCCUCAGAGCCCGAGGGCCAGCGACCAGCCUCGCCCUGUGGGCGGGACAGCCCUCUGGGGUCUGGGAUGGGCCGUCGCUGCCCCCGUCUCUGGCUCGACCCACGGCCCCGCAGAGCAGGGACACGGGGGCUGGGGGGUCUGGGUGAGGGUCCUCCUGGCCCCGGCAGAUGGACCCUGCCCCGACCCCACGUCCUGUGCCUCUCCCGCGGUGCCCGAGGGCUGGUCCCUGCCCCCUGGGCCUCAGGCUGUCCCCUUCCUUGAAGUCCUCCUCGCCGGAUAUUCCUAGUAUUUGAGGAUAUCAUUUGAUCUAAGAGAAAAUGCCGGAAAGUGAAACUCAGUGAAAAUUCUACCGAGUUCUCUGCCUCGCUGACCUCCUGGCACGCUCUCUGCGUGCGUCACGCCCCACUCACGGCGGCUCGUGGGGCUGCUAGGGCUGUUUUCAGCACACACACAAGCACACACGGCCCUCUCAGGUGCACGGUAAUGACCGCUGGCCCCGAGGAGAACGCCCCACACGUGUCACAGAAGGGACCCCGCAUGCCGCUGUGACGCCCCAGCUGCGAGGGAGGGAGGCGUGCCCCGACACUGGUUAUCACUCAGUGGGCUGAGGGGAUCUUGGCUACCGUGGGUGCUAGUUCAGCGUUACCAUUUAUCACAAAAAUACCUCUUAUUUGUUUAUUUGUUUAUUGUUGAAUCACCGUGCGGUACGUAGCUAUGAAGCUGUUCUUGGCCGGUGUCAGGCAUCCGGGGUUCCGACACCCACAAGCACACAAAAGUACCUUUAACUCAACUUUGCUUCACACGUCCCCGUCCCAGCCUCCCCUGGGCAGCAGCAAAGCUGUGUGUCCCCCCCCCCCCCAGCAGAGCCGCAGGACACGGCUCCUCCAGCUGCCCCAGGGCCCCCGCGUGGUCUCGGCACUGAUAGACGGGGAGGCGGGCACGGAGCACAUGUGGCUUACGCGUGUGAGGCGUCUGCGGGCGGCCCACGGUCCUGCCUCCUCCCGAGAAUUCUGUCCCAGGGACGCUAUAGACUGAGGAGUCUGGAACAGUGAAUUCAUUGACGGGAAGUGCCGCCCCUCCGGACUGCUGCAAGAGACAGUGCCGUGGAGCAUCAGAGACACGGCAGGGGGCUGGGGGGAUCUGUUGGUGGUGGGGCGAGGGCCUUGCGUGCCGCCAACAUGACUUCGAUCCCCGGCAUCCCAUAUGGUUCCCUGAGCACCGCCGCCGGGUGUGACCCCCAAACAAAAACAAAUGAGAAAAAAAAUUCUGAAGGUGACAAGAAGAGAGAAAAAUAAGUGUUUCGUUUCGCUCACAAUAAAGUGUCCUCAGCGUGUUUGCGUGGGUCUUAGCCGCCAGAGGCGCCGCCGCCGUCUGGGAUAGUCUGGGAUAGGGCGUGCAGCGUCAGCAGCGGUCUUGUGUUUGUUCAACUCUGUUCCCGCACUUUUUUCUUUUUUUUUUUUUUUUUGCUUUUUGGGUCAUACCCAGCGAUGCUCAGGGGUUACUCCUGGCUCUGCACUCAGGAAUUACUCCUGGCAGUGCUUGGGGGACCAUAUGGGAUGCUGGGAAUCGAACCCAGGUCGGCUGCGUGCAAGGCAAAUGCCCUACCCGCUGUGCUAUCGCUCCGGCCCCUGUUCCUGCACUUUUAUGUGUCCAGUUUUGUAAGAGUCCUUCAACUUUGUCCCUAGGUUUCUGAUGUGUAUUGAGACUCUAAGGCUUCUUCAAACCAGAGUAUUAGAGCGACUCUGAAGACACAAUUUAAAAAUCUCCUUGUCUCAACCUGUAACAACACGUUAGUGAUGUCAUACACAGGGGUUUAAUGGCUCCUAGGUGAGAUGUAGCAAUUUUCACACACUUUCCUAUAAGGAAACCUUUUUGAGCAUUUUUUUUUCUUUUCGGGUCACACCCGGCGAUGCACAGGGCUUACUCCUGGCUCUGCACUCAGGAAUUACUCCUGGUGGUGCUGGGGGACCAUACGGGAUGCUGGGAAUCAAACCCGGGUUGACCGCGUGCAAGGCAAACGCCCUACCCACUGUGCUAUCGCUCCAGCUCCCUUUUUGAGCAUUUUUUUUUCGUGGAUUAUUCGUAACAAGUAGUACAAGAUAAACUAGCAUCUGCCUUUGGGGCAGGCUUGGGUGAUAGUGGAAAAAUUGGAAAUAAUGGUGGUGGGGAGGUAUAAUGGUGGUCAGAUCAGUGUUGAAAUACUGAGUGGAAUAAAUUAUUGUGAACAACUUUAUGAAAAUAAAAUAAAGAAGUAAAU